AUGGAUAUUGGCCUCCAAGCAUACAAUUUUUGCCUUGAAGCCGAUGCUAUGCGGAUCAAGCACGUCGAGCAGUCUUUGACAGAUGCGGCAAAACAGGCACGCACCAGCAUAAAAUCGACGAAGAAAGAAAAUGAGGAGGAAUAUUUAAGCAGGGAAAGGCAGCUUUUUAUGGUUCAGGGAGAGCAGAUUAAUGUAAACCAUAUUAGGUAUGAUAAUACAAAAUCCACCACAUAUAUAAGUCCACCACAGAAUGAGAAAUUUCGUCUUGAUUACGCAGAUGGCUGUGUGUUUGGGCCCUUGUCUAUUGAUGUAGUAAUCGUUGCUGGCCUUAAGGUUGUAUUCCAAAUAUUCGGAGAAACGACGGACUAUUCAGCAAGAUCCCUCUCCAAUUCACAAUUCGACGGUAUCUUGGGGAUGGGUUACCCCUCGUUGUCUCGCUUUCGAAAGAUUCCUGGCUUUAACAACUUACCUGUCUUUAACAACCUACUCGAACAACACAAGGAGUUUCGACACGUUUUUGGUUUCUAUCUAAAUCGAGAUUUUUCGUCCGCGAUGGGUGGUGAACUGAUACUAGGUGGCUCCAAUUUUGCUCAUUACGAGGGCGAGUUUACGUAUGUUAAUGUUACUCACAAAGCAUACUGGCAAUUUACCAUGGAUAAGGUUCAAAUAAACGGUAAUAACUUAUGCGCGAACGGCUGUCAAACUAUUGUCGACACGGGCAACUCCCUGAUAGCUGGACCACCGUUUGAUAUUGCAGUUAUUAACAGAGAGAUCGGUGUUAAUGAUGAUGGAACAGUGGACUGCAACGAGAUUUCUAAUUUGCCCGAUAUCAAUUUCGUCCUAGGCGAUAAGACGUUCAAGACUCACUGGUGAAGAUUAUAUCUUUCAGUACAUAGAAAACGGUAAGUGCACAUCCGGCUUCAUUGAACAUUUUGUGACUAACGAUGUGGAGUGGAUUUUGGGCGAUGUAUUUAUUAGCCGAUACUAUACUGAGUUUGACAUGGAGAAAGACCGAAUAGGA